UAGAACAGGAAACUAUCGCGGCAGCUGUUUAACCGGGUGCUUUGUACAGAUAGGCGUUUAUUUACCUCAUUCUUGAACGCCAUGGUUUUCAACCGCUAGGCAGAUGAUUCAACCUACAACAUGCGUGGAGUGACAUUUGGCAACAACAACCGCCCGGCUGAUGCUAUUUCGCUCGGUAGCUCGCUACCGUAGCUCGGCUAACAGUGGCUAGCCAGUUUAACCCUCAAGACGUGGAGCUUGUCCGGACCAGCACCCGGCUGUUUUAGCCAGCGACGGGGCCGCUUUGACCAGAGACUCUGAACAAAAAUGGAGCUGUUUCAAGCGAAAGACGAGUACAUUCUCCAGAGCGGGGACCGAGCGCUGUGGUGCAGCCGAAAAGACGGGACCAUGACGGUCAGACCUGCCACAGACCUACUGCUUGCGUGGAACCCUGUGUGUUUGGGUUUGGUGGAAGGAAUCAUAGGAAAGAUUCAGCUCCACACAGAUCUUCCUCUCGGCCUCGUACUAAUCCGCCAGAAAGCCCUGGUGGGUCACCUGCCAGGCAACCACAAAGUCUACAAGAUCACAAAGAUUGCUGUCAUUCCGCUGUCAGAUGAAGAGCCGCAGGAUCUCGAGCUUGAGCUGUGCAAAAAACAUCACUUUGGGAUUGACAAGCCUGAAAAACUGGCCACAUCUCCUGAUGAUUCCAAAUUUCUGAUGAAAACUUUGAGCCAGAUUAAGUCUAACGUGGCGGUGCCCAUUAAGAAAAAGUACUCCCCUGCCUUUCAGGUCAAGGAAAACAAGGAGAAGGAGCGUCUGGAGAGGCGGCUGCUUGAUGAGCUGUACAAGAUAUUCAUGGACUCCGACUCCUUCUACUACAGCCUGACGUACGACCUGACCAACAGUGUCCAGCGGCAGGGGGAAGUCAAUAAGAGUGAUUUGCCGCUCUGGAAACAGGUGGACGACAGAUUCUUCUGGAAUAAACACAUGAUUCAGGAUCUAAUCGACCUCCAGGUCCCAGAAGCAGACUUCUGGGUCACUCCAAUUAUCCAGGGCUUCGUUCAGGUGGAGGAGCUCGUGGUGAAUUACAAUGAAACAAAUGACGAAGACCGGAGCAGCCCUGAAACGCCUCCGCAGGAGAUCACCUGUGUGGAUGACAUCCACCCCCGUUUCACUGUGGCCCUCAUCUCCAGACGUAGUCGUCACCGUGCAGGGAUGCGGUACAAACGGCGAGGAGUUGACACCGACGGCCACGUUGCAAACUAUGUGGAGACAGAGCAGUUGAUCCACGUGCACAGCCACACGCUAUCCUUUGUGCAGACUCGUGGCUCAGUGCCAGUCUUCUGGAGCCAGGCAGGAUACCGCUACAACCCCAGACCACGAUUAGAGAAAGGAGAACAUGAAACUACAUCCUACUUUGCUGCCCACUUUGAAGAGCAGCUGAAACUGCACAAAAAACAGAUUAUCAUUAAUUUAGUGGACCAGGGUGGACGAGAGAAGCUGAUUGGCGAUGCCUAUCUGAAACAAGUUCUGCUUUACAACAACCCCAACCUCACUUACGUUUCCUUUGACUUCCACGAGCAUUGUCGCGGAAUGAAGUUUGAAAAUGUGCAAAUAUUGACAGAUGCGAUCUCAGAUAUCAUUACAGACAUGAAGUGGGGCUGGGUGGACCAGGCAGGAGUCAUCUGCAAGCAGGAGGGAAUCUUCCGGGUCAACUGCAUGGACUGUCUGGACAGAACCAACGUGGUCCAGGCUGCUAUUGCCCGUGUGGUGAUGGAACAACAGCUGAAGAAGCUGGGGGUGAUGCCGCCUGAGCAGCCACUGCCGCUCAAAUGCUAUAGGAUCUACCAGAUCAUGUGGGCCAACAACGGAGACACCAUCAGCAGACAAUAUGCAGGAACAGCUGCAUUGAAGGGUGAUUUCACCAGGACCGGAGAGAGGAAGCUCGCCGGCGUGAUGAAGGACGGUGUGAACUCGGCCAAUCGGUACUAUCUGAACCGCUUCAGGGACGCCUACAGACAAGCAGUCAUCGACCUGAUGAUGGGGCUUCCGGUGACAGAGGACCUCUACUCCAUCUUCAGCAAGGAGAAGGAGCACGAGGAGAAGGAGAAGGAAAGCCAGCGAGGAGCUCAGGAGCAGGUUAGCCUACUGCUGCAGACCUACAUGCAGCUGCUGCUUCCUGAUGAUGAGAAGUUUCACGGCGGUUGGGCGCUCAUCAACUGUGACAUGAGCCUGAUCGACGCUAACAACAAAGAUGUGGAUGUGCUCCUGCUCCUGUCUGACAAAGCAUACUACAUCGCAUACUAUGACGACGAAGCAGACAAAGUCAACCAGUACCAGCGCCUCAAUUUAGAGGGCUUGGAAAAGAUUGAAAUUGGUCCUGAACCGACGCUCUUUGGAAAGCCAAAGUUCUGCUGCAUGCGUCUGCAUUACAAGAACGAGGAGACGAGCGGUUACUUCCACACUCUGCGAGCGGCCACAAGAAAUCCAGACGAUGAUGGCAAAGAUACACUACAGUGCAUCGCGGAGAUGCUUCGUAUUACCAAACAGGCCACAGGGCAGGACCUUCUCGUGGUGGAGAAGAAGCUGGAGAGGCGGCAGAGUAAACCUCAAGAGGACAUCAUGGGCAUCCAGAACAAGCCAGCAGUCCAGGGCAGCUCAGGCCUGGCGCAGGGCAAAACCUUCCUGCUGAACAAGUUCUCCUCGCUCAACCAGAAAGUCAAACAAACCAAGACGAACGUGAACAUGGGACCCUUCAAGCCCCUGGGGAGGCUGGGCAACUUCUCCAAGCCAGAUGUGAAGGUCAACUUCCUGAAGCCCACGAUGCACGUCAACCUGUGGAAGUCGGACAGCAGCCUGGAGACGUCAGACAGCAACCCCGGGUCGGGAAUCCUGAAAGAUAUCGGCGACGUGAACUCUGAGAUGUCCGAUGACGACGACUCCUAUAAUUCUGACCCAGAGCAUCCGUGUUCUGGUUCUUUAGAAAAUGUGGACUAUGUGUUGCCCAGCUGCGGCAUCGUAGCUUCAAACUCACGGCUCGGCAGUCGCUCUCAGUCCAUCGGCAGCGUGGAGUUAAACAUCCCGUCUGUGAUCCGGGUCACCGGCUGCGACGGGAAGCAGGAAAACUCCGGGUCCGAGUCUCCGGGAACUGCCUCCGUGGCUGAAGAAGCCCUGUUGAUCGACUUUGGCACUCCGAUUGAAGCCUACUGCCACCAGUUUGUCCACGAUGCCCAGACCAAACCUGUCGAAGUGUUUGGGGAACGCGUGCACGCCGCUCCGGUCCCAAACCCCGCUCAGAGUAAAGCCUCAGCAGACUCUGACAAGCAGCCAAACACCAACCUGCAGGAAGAGCUGCAGCUGCCCAGGCCGUCGCAGUUAGACGUCCAGUCCACUACCUCCAACUCCAGCCUGCUCACCAUCCAGAAGCCGACCUCGGCGGCGUCGGGAGGCUCCCAGAGGAGCCUCUGCUCCCAGCUCGAAGGCAGUCUAGGCCCCUCACCUGCUGACAGCAACGGCAGCCGGGUGGUUUCGCCCUUUGCCAAGAUCAAGAGCUCCAUGGUGCAGGUGGCCAGCCUCACCCAAGCCGGACUCACGCAAGGAAUCAACUUCGCCGUGGCAAAAGUCCAGAAGAGCCCGGAGCCGGAGACGGUGAACGAGGCUCAGGAGAGUGAGCUGAAGGCAAUGUUUACACAGUGCCAGACCAGGAUCAUCCAGAUCUAGUGCUUUCCCUGUAGCCGGUCCAUGUAGUCGUGUAGUAACUUCCAGUGUAGUCGCUGUAGCAAAGGCUUGCACCUCCACUAUUUAGCCAAGAAGUGCACUCCCAAACUAGCUGUGUCGAUAGAGUCCAGCGGGCAGUGAGCGUGUCUACAUGCACACACUCCACAGGUGGCUUCAGGAAGACGUGUUCGUCUCUGAAGGGACGGCUGUAUCCCUUUUAACAAAUGGUUACGCAGCUUUGUGCGGCCGUGGUGACGACAUCAUGCGACAGCUUCAUACCAAGAUAUGAAGACGCAGAGGAGAUGGUUACCAAGUACUGUUCCGCUGAGAGAUUUUGUGUGUGCAAACAUGCCGCUGCUCCGGGUCGACCCACCGUCGGUAACAAACCAACCCCCAACUGUGCCGUGCGUCUCAGUGUCGAUGUGCAGGACACUUGUUCACAUUCGUGGUGUAGAACUCUAGACAGUCCCGCGUCGACGCCCGCACUCUGUGUAGCUGUUCGAAAGUAGCAAGAACAAUUCACUGUACCAAAAUCAAUGUUGUCUUAGUGGAUACAAAGAGAAACCUAGUUGUCGUGAUCCCGGCUGCUCAUAUCGAGAACCGUUUAUCUCCCUGUUACAACACUCUGUGUUGAUGGCUGUGUUUGUAGUUGAGAAUUUUAUUUUGGAAAAUUGUCCAGAACUGCUGACUGGGCGGCGACUGGUCCAUUGUGACAGAUGAGCCAGGAUAUCUAUUUUGCUGGAGCUGUUUUUUAGCCAUGGAGGCGCGUUACGGCGAGGAGCUGCUGGUAUAUGUGUAUAUAUAUAUAUUGUCUUGGUAUAUAUGCAAAGGCAACCACCCACCUAUUAGAAAACUCUUAAUGCUUCGUGCACUCCAAACUAAGAGCAUAUUUGCCUUAACUGGGAACUGAAGUGGGAUUUAAUAUACAUGCAUACAUAUAUAUAUAUCAGGUAUUUAUGGCAAAGUCUACCUUUUUAAACUCCAUUUUUACAUGUUACAUCUACGUAGUGCUGAACGUGUUCAGGGUAAGUUUAUUUUGGGACGAUUCACUCCUCAUGACGGUGUUUUUUUAGGGUGUAUGACCUCCAUAUAUUUAUGUGCUGUAAAGAACAGUGGUACUGUACAGUCCAGGUGAGGUUCUGUUGUCAUGGUAACCGUCCCAGGAUAAGUUUCAUUUUUGUGUUUCUCUGCCGUGGUGUCACCACGUGUUUAUUUAAUCUAACUUUUAAAAAGGGGCUGCUUUGUCGACCGUUGAACCUGCUGACCGUGUGCGGCGCUGCCAAAAGCUUUAUGGGUUUUUGCUGAGGUUUUUUUUUUUUUUUUUUUUUUUUUUUAUAAUUUAGGAUUGGUCACUGGAGAAGUUCUCACGCAGAGGAAUUCUGUCUUAAUGGAUCAAUGAUCUUUAACAUUCCAGACAGACGAUGCUGAAGUGUUUUGGUCUGUUUUUAACGGUAGUAACAGAUGAGUCUCUGUACACAAAGUGCUUUCACAGCAGCAGCACCAUGUUGUCAUGUGACUUUCCAUAUGAUUUGCACUGUCUCAUCUCACUUGACUCCAUUUCCUCUGACUUUCAGAUGUGUACUGAGAUUGACUUGUAUAUUAAAGUAU